GUCUGGAAUAAAAUAUCAUUAUUUGGUGUGACAUAUUUUUGUCAAUUUUCGAUCGAAAGGUUAUUUUUCUUUCUGUAAAACAGAUAGGAAGUGUUUUUCGGAAAUCCCUCAUCAACGUGCAAUUGGAUAUUGUUAAAAUUGGAUACCAAGUGUCUGAAUAGUUGUAAUAUUUGAAGCUGAAAAAGAGUACGGUGUUCAGAGGAAAGUGAAAUAAUUUUUCGUCGCGAACGAAAUGACCUUAUAAGAAAAUCCUACUUUUCGAUACAUCGGCAACAACCUUAGGUGAACUUGGGUGGUGUUUCUGUCCGUGUUCUUGAAGGGAUUGAAAACUCCCGGUUCGAGUGCCGCAAGACUUGGAAACUGGAUUUCCUGCUAGUAUAGUUAAUCGCAGUGUUUUCAAUACGAUUAAAUUAUCUUGGUGUUGUGCAAAUAAGUGAUGUUCGGGCAUAGAGAACCACUUCCACAAAAUGGUAGCAGUAAAAAUUGAUGUCGUCAAGCUGUUCUUACACCGCAUGAAAACAAAGUUUUCUGCCAAAGACGAAAAGUGCUGAAGUGAGUGUUUGCCAUAUACGUUUAGCUAUAACGAAGCUGCAAAUCUCUGGAGUUACAGGAAGUCAGCCACUUCCACCGGAAACAGGAUAUUAUUCUUGACACGUAACCUUACACAGCCUAGUGUUCAAUCUGUGAUAUUUCGGCUAAGUAGCAUCCUGAUGUUCAUCGUCUGGAUCAUUUGAAGUCCGUCCAUUGAGAAAGAUAAGAGUGCCAGCGCUCUAUUUCCCUGGAUUAUUGACGAGACCGAAUGCUGCUAAGAUACUGACUCCUGAUAUGAUGAUAACAAGUAAGAAUCCUACCAUCACAGUGUUCCGAUUACGAUUGGAUCGAAAGAUGAUUGGCUGCUACAUUCCAAUAUUAUUACACCGUGAAUUAAACGGUGAAAAAUCGUUGGUGAAGCAUGCUACUACCAUCGUUUGGAACUGCGUUUCUUCCGAACCUCGACAAAUCACGGAGGCGACUAUCCCUUACGCAUACAAGUCUGACUACAUCUACUUGACACAAUCAAUUGGCAGCAGCUGCGACAGCAGGGAAAUGCUGAUCUCAAUAAGAUUUCCAUUGGAUGACUUGGACGCCACCCAGGCGCUCGUUAGCCAUAUUACUGAGUUGAUGCAAAACACUAAUACUGUGACUUUGAAAUGUGAUUUUAAUGCUUACCUGAAUAAUGUUAGUAUUAGCCGUAAUCUAGCCCUACAGACAUGCACUACUUUAAACCAAGGUCUGGUGCGAGCAGCCAAUGAAUUUCAACCUAUUGACAAAACAUCCGGUCGACGACGAAGCUCGUAUACAAAAUUCGAUGACCUAUUGGAGAUGGUUGCUAAUGAAAAAGCGCUACUAAAGCGCGCCUUCCAUGAAUCUCCAGGAUGGUCACGGCCGCGUCUGCGAUUGUGUGGAGGUGGUGAAGAUUCUAUCAACAAUGGUACCAGUGCUUGGGGAACUCCUCCCGGUGCUACAAACGGCACUAGUGCUUGGGGCUUAGCUAAUCAACAACCGCCACAGGCGUGGGCAGCGGCUGCGGCUACUGGUAGUAACAGUGUAAACAACAACAAUCAAGCGGCAACGAGUCAACCACAACGUCAACCAUCACAACCGCAAGACCAAAAUGCCAACAAAGCGCCACAAUCGAUUCCCAAUGUUAACAACGGCAACAGUAACGGAGGCACACCGAAUGUCUGGAAUCGUAACCCAUCACAACCGACUGGUCCCAAUCCAAACGUUGCCAACAAUAAUCCGCAGCAGCCUCCAUCGCAGCAGCAACAGCAGCAUCAGCAACCAUUACAGCAACAGCCACAGCAGAUGGUAAUGGCUAACAAUGGGACUGUUGCAACGAAAAGUCAGCUGGAAAUGCUGAGCAAUAUGCGCGAAGCGUUAUUCAGUCAGGAUGGCUGGGGCUAUCAGCAUGUUAACCAGGACACCAACUGGGAGGUCCCUGGUUCGCCUGAACCAGGAAAAAUUGAUAAUCCUAAUAAUAAUGCAAGUAGUGGAGCUGCAGCUGGAGCACAAGGGCAAGGUGGAGCAGGAGGCGGAGGAGGUGGAGGAGGGGGAGGUGGUAUGCCCAAUCCAGCAGUUUCUGGCUGGAAACCAUGUAACCAGAACAAUGGCACCGAAUUGUGGGAAGCCAAUCUUCGUAACGGGGGUGCUCCUCCGCCACCACAACCAGUACAGAAAGCUCCUUGGGGACCAUCUACCAAUCUUGGUGGAACUUGGGGCGAGGAUGAUGAUUCUGCUGAAGCGAGUGUUUGGAAUGGAGGCGCUGCUGGUGCGAAUCAGCCAGCUGCAGCACCGCCUGCUUGGAGUCAGAACAAUCCCGGCAUGUGGCCUCCGGGUACCGCAGCUGGCCCAAAUCCAGUUACUGUUAAGAAAGAGAGCGAAUGGUCUGGAGUAAUCGGUACUAGCACUGGGACUGCAAGUAAUGUUCCACCGACAGUUGCGGGCUGGGAUAAUCGAGGAGGAUCUGCACCUGCUGUUAACAUAUCCGGUCCUAUCGGGCAAUCAGUACCAGUUGAAGCUACACGUGAAAUUCGAGGAGAUCCACGUGGUAUAUCAGGGCGACUGAAUGGAAAUGUCGGCAUGUGGGAUCAACCUAAUGUUCAGAAUCUUCCUGCCGCUGCAAAGAUUGUACAAGGCACUCUUCCGUCAGCCGUUCCCGGAGUUAAUAGUCAGUGGAAUACACAAGUUCCAAACAAACUUCCCAGUAGCUGGGAUGAUCCGUCGUCACCAAUGAACACACGUCCGACAUUAGAAGAUAAUUCCGGUACUAUUUGGAACCAGGGUCCUCUAUCCCGACAGAAUUCCAAUGUUUCCAGCUGGAAAGAUAUGCCGGACAAUAUUGUCCGUAAUCCGAUUCCUCGAGCUCCACUCGCAGGAGGUGCUAAUCUACCCCUUGGACCAGCGACAAGAGGUGUUGGAUUAAGAGGAAUUAAUUCGGGCAUAAAACCGGACAAUAACAUGUGGGGUCAAAAUCAAGGCCUCCCUUUGAAUAGUUCAUGGGAUGAAUGCAGCGCCACCGGCGGCUGGGAUGAUAAAGGAAUGGCUAAUAGUGCUCCUUGGAACGAUUUCGGACAAAAUACCAUGUGGAAUAAGGGAAAGCAGACAGCAGGUUGGCCAGAUCCGAGUGAUAUAAUCACUGGCGGUUCCGGUGCCGAUUGGGCCAUGAAUAAACCACCGAAUAAGAUGAGUCCAGCAGAAUUUAUACGCAGCAGCAAGCAUUAUCGCAUGCUUUGUGAAAACGGUUUUAAGAAGGAAGACGUUGAAUUUGCUCUGCGCUCUACGAAUAUGAACUUUGACGAAUCUUUGGACAUAUUGCAACGACAUGGCACUGUAGGCGGUCUGGGAGAUUGGAGACGUCCUGAUGAGCAUCCGGGGACAGCCUUUGAAGCUCAGUUUUCAAGUAGAUUUCCGGCAGGUCCUGGAACUGGAAUGCCGUUUUCACAGAACCAAAAUUUGCUUAACAGCAUACCGGGAGUUGGCGGUGCCAACCCAAAUCAUGCCGCGUUGAAAUAUCUUUCUCAAGGACCUUCGACGGCACAUUCUUCUUUUUCGCAAGGUCCGAAUCCACUGGCAGCGGCAGCUGUCGCUGGCAAUCCACAAAAUCCGCAAGCACAACCUUCCACUCAACAACUGCGAAUGCUCGUCCAGCAGAUCCAAAUGGCCGUACAUGCUGGUUUUCUCAAUCAUCAAAUAUUGAACCAACCGUUGGCUCCGCAAACCUUAUUACUAUUGAACCAGUUGCUCAAUCACAUUAGACAAAUGCAACACAUUCAAAGUAAUCUUGCUCGAAGUGGCGGAGCAACCGGUGUUAGUACCGUGCAGUUGACAAUGCAAAUCAACAAACAUAAAGCGCAGAUCUCGCAGCUUCAACAGCAAAUCGCAGCACAGCAAGCUAUUUACGUCAAACAACAACAGCAACAGCAGCAGCAACAACAACAACCACACCAAACAGGUGCCCCUCACCAACCUCCAGGAACGCCUGGAUCUAUGAAUCCGGGACUGGGGGCGGCAGAUUUUUUGCGUCAACAGGAAUUGGUCUCGUUGCAAAGCAAUUUCGCUGAUAUGGGACUAAAUAAAGAUCCUGUUACCCCAGGUGUCGGUUUUCCUCCGAAUGCUGCUGCUGUUAAUAGCAACAAUCCAGUUAAUGCCGGAAUGACAGCCGGCACUGCUGGCGUUACUAGUCAACAGUCUCGCCUGAAUCAGUGGAAACUGCCAUCGCUCGAAAAAGAUGGCGGUGUUGGUGGCGCCAAUGAUCUCACCGAUUUCUCUCGUGCACCAGGCACGACCGCCAAGUCGACGCUAUCGACCGUGAACUCCAACAUAGGCUCCCUGGGUCUGCAGGAUGGAACUUGGUCAUCAGGGCGGUCGAAUAUUACUGAUGGAUGGCCGGAUCCAUCUGUUGGCGGUGUUGAGCCGGAAAAUAAAGACUGGGAAACUCUGGUCCCCGAAUUCGAACCAGGCAAGCCAUGGAAGGGAGCACAGAUGAAAAUUGACGAAGAUCCCAGUAUUACGCCCGGUAGUGUGGCACGCAGCCCAUUGUCGAUUUCGGCUGUUAAGGAGGCUGAUUUGUUUGGUACAGGAGGCAAGUCGUCCCCGACUGAUACAAUUGGUUUGACUUCUUCUACGUGGAGCUUCAAUCCAUCACAGCCAGGAGGAAGCGGUAAGAUGGUUACCAACGCAGGAAAAAAUGUAUGGCCAGAAAGUAUUUCAUCCACAGUUGCCAGUACCGGUUCGGAUCUCUGGGGAACGACUAUGGGGAAAACUACCCGGGGGCCACCACCAGGGCUGGGUGCUAACAAAAACACGGCAGCUGCUGCUAAUGGCUGGACCGGUGGUGGUAGCAGCACGCAGCGUCCCGGCACAGGUGGCACUUGGUCGGGCGGAAAUAGCUGGGGAUCAUCGUGGUUGUUGUUGAAAAAUCUUACUUCACAGAUUGAUGGUGCCACCUUACGCACGCUAUGCAUGCAACACGGACCGCUACAAAGUUUACAAUUAUAUUUGAACCAUGGUUUAGCACUGUGCAAAUACUCUUCCCGUGAGGAGGCAAAUAAAGCUCAACAGGCACUGAACAGUUGUCCCUUAGGCAGCACUACCAUUGGAGCAGAGUGUCCUAGCGAGGCAGAAGUUCAAACUUAUUUGCAGCAAUUGGGUGCACCAACGGGCAGCAUUCCUGUCGGCGCGGCUAGCUCUGGCGGCGGAAUCAACAGCAGCGGUAGCAUCGUUCCACCGAGUAGCAGUGGAAGUGUUACUAGUGUUGCGCAAUCUUGGCGUCAAACUCCAAGAGGAUCCGGUACUGACACUUGGGGUUCUGGAUGGCCACCUUCUAACACGGGUGGUGGUGGUGGAAACUUAUGGGCACCGCUCGAGGGAGGCACGGAGCGUGGUACCCCUUCCAAUUUAAACUCAUUUUUGCCAGAAAGCUUACUCGGUCCUGAACUAAACUAGGGUAGCAACACCGCAUGUAAUGGUCUCGAGCACUGAUAAGCGAUAAAAGUUUUCGUUAACUUACUUAUUCUCUUUUGCUAAAAAGGUUGUGUUUUACAUAUAUUUUUUUUAAAGAGUACUAUUUAUUGUUUUUUCUUCUCUUACUGAAAUAAAAUAACAUAAGAAAUGUUAUCAAUAAAACGCUAUGCAAUUUCGUUUUUAUUGAAUUCGAUUCUGCAUUGAAUUCUGCAUACCUUAAUUGGUAAUUGGAUAGAAAGUAUCUCCUACGCACCAGUGUUUGAAAGACUGGAAAAAGAGAGUGAAACCGUGAAAGUGAAUUUUUGUUCGGAAUCAAAAGAUACGAAAGGGGCACAUUAAUUGCCUAGUUUCAGCAAGUAACUGUACCGCAAAUGGAAGAUCAUUUUGUACGAAUAAUUACAGACGUUUUAACCUUCUUAGAGCAAAAGCCGUUUGAAAUGAUUAAUUAAUAUAAUGCAAACAAUGAGACAUAAAAUCUAGUAUUAAAGGACAUAAUAGCUGUCUAAGUCAGUUUUUUAGAUUCUAAGAUAAACUAGUAGUGAACGAUAACAGAGGAUUAGAAAUUUGAGGUAUAUAAGAAAAUUUGAUCUAUAUUUAUUAAUUUUAAUAUACAUCAAGGCAAGAACAUUAAAUUUACUGUAUGUAUAUGAAAAAUAUACAUAAAUGUUAUUAUUGAAUUAUUUUUGAAAUUAUUUAGA